CCGAGCCCCUCUGAAUCCACUAGCUCGAGGACCACUAUGCAAAUAUACACAAAGCGGCUUAUGUGUCGGAGUGGUUUGUUGAUUGGAGCGAUUUCGUAAAGAUGCGAUUCUCCCCGAGGCUGUGAAACGGAGCAAGAGAGGAUAACACAGAAAAAAACAGAGGAAGACUGGUCCGAUCCAACUGUUAAUCUCGCUAUCAGAAUGAUAAUAGGUGCAGCCAGAACAUUCUCCAGCACUGACACAGCUUUGUGGAGAUAAAUCUGGCUAUGUGAGAUUACUAAGCAACCAAAACCUUUCAACCAGAUGUUGUGAAGUCCUUGGGGAAAAAAAGGGAGAAAAUUCUACAAACAUGCCGGAGGUUCGGGAGCUUUCUGAAGCUUUACCAGAGAUGCCCAUGGACCCAAUCACUGGAGUGGGAGUAGUGGCCUCCAGGAACAGGGCACCCACUGGAUAUGAUGUGGUCUCCACAACAACAGACGGCUUGGAUGCCGACCUGUGGAAAGACGGCCUGUUCAAAUCCAAGGUGACCCGCUACCUCUGCUUCACCAGGGUCUUCUCUAAAGAAAAUAGCCACUUAGGCAACGUUCUUGUGGACAUGAAGCUGAUAGAUAUAAAAGACACUCUGCCUGUGGGUUUCAUUCCGAUCCAGGAGACUGUUGACACUCAGGAGCAGGCCUUCAGGAAGAGACGACUCUGCAUCAAGUUUAUUCCACGGGACUCCACAGAAGCAGCCAUCUGUGACAUCCGCAUCCUGGGACGCUCCAAGCAGGCCCCCCCUCAGUACACCUUCAUAGGAGAGCUCAACAACAUGGGAAUCUGGUAUCGCAUGGGGACUGUGCCUCGGGCCCAGGACUCCACACACACUCCAACCACCAACAACGUCCAGAAUGUGAAUUCCUCCUCCAGCUCAGCCCCAGUGCCAGCAGCUCCUAUGCCCAAGCAUAUUUCCAUGACUCUCCCUGCCAGCUUCAGAGGGAAGAACACCACCAGACCAGACUAUGAGCACCAGAACUCUAACCUGUAUGCUAUCUCAGCUAUGGACGGAGUGCCGUUCAUGAUCUCUGAGAAGUUUGCCUGUGCCUCGUCCGAUCUGCAGCAGGUGGAUCUGAUGGGCAUCACAAUCAAGUCACUGGCUGAGAUUGAGAAAGAGUAUGAUUACAGUUUCCGUACAGAGCACAGUGCAGCAGCUCGCCUCCCUCCCAGUCCAACGCGGACUUCCCUGAGCUCCGAGGCCUGAGAACUCUCUCCCACACCCACCCCAUCAACACUCCCCUCUCCAGACCCCGUCAGGAGAGACCUGUACACAACUACUGACCUUCCCACAGUGAACAGUGACACCCCACCACCUCCAACACAACCGUACUGAGAAGAAAGAAGAAAAAAAACAACAACAAAACAAUGAAUUCUGGGAGAUGUUGUUUGUCUUUCUGUGUUAGUUGUUCAUUUUAAAUGAAAAGGAAACUGAAACUGAAAACACUGAGACAGAGGCAGAACACUGAGGGACUCGCGGCUGAAAUCACUGGACAACACUGAAGAAGAGACAGAAUCACCCAUUGGACCGUUUUUGCUCAAAGGAAAUUCAAAUUGAAAUCUCAAAAGCAUGAAGUGUUGAAGUGUUCUUCCCACAGCCCCGUGAGAGACCCUGUGUGAGGUAAAAGCAGACGUCCCCUGUCGGGCCUCUGCUGGGUGAAGUGGCCUGUGAGCGUGAAGACAGACCUCAGAUCAGCCUUCCUUCUGUGUUCAUGACACCUGCUGCUCUGAGGAGGAGGAGGGAAAUCAUCCCGCUUCAUGUGUUGGAAAUACAAAAGGAAACCUGGGAUUUUUUUCAAAAGAACUUUUUUUGUUGUUAUUGUGGGGAAUGAUGUGUUUGUUCUCUAGAUGUUACUGUGAUAUACUGGUGUGACUGGUGUGUGCACUUUGUGUGUGUGAUAUUCUGUUCACUGUCUCUACAUGAGCCAGCAGCUUGGCUUAGACAUGUGUUACACACACACACCACUGUUUGAUUCUGAUUCUGUCGACCACAGCUAAUGUAGAGUCUGCUGUUGUAGGGCUGGGUAUCGUCAUUUCUCCACAUCAGUGAUGAUUCAACACAUGAGAGUUUCACUGGGGACAAAACAACAAAAACUCAUUUUUCAAUACCUUACUUUGAAAUAACUACAAAUAGAAAUAUUUUAGUUUCAUUGAAGUUUUUGUCAGCACAUCUGUCUGCAUCUGCAGCAGAACUACGACCCAAAUAUUGCUGGUUACUCUCUGAAUCCCUUUUCAAAUGAUGACUUCAAACUAGAGUCAGAUAUGAAACCGGGGUUCUGAAUUGUGGGUUCUGUGUUGCUGCAGUUCCACCAGCGCCUCCUGCUCUCUACAGUCUGUUGUCAUCAUGUCUCUAGGGUUCACAUCAGUCUCGAGUGUCAGCUGCAGACCUUGAUAUUAGAAGUAGAAACAUUCAUGAUUAAUUUGUCGGCACACAAAGAAAAGCACAGCUCCCAUUAAAAUCAUUUGAGCUUAAAGUGUUUUCAAAAACAGGAAAAUGACAUGAGUAAGAUUGUUGUAUUUUUUUUUUUUGUUGGUUUUGUUUGGUUUCCAUCCUGAUCUUGACACACAGAGUGAACCACACAACAUGCUCUUCAGUCAGUAUGUUCAGGUUUGAUGCCCAGCCCUCGUUUCUUUACUUUAUAAGAACUAUUUCCACUAUUUAAAGUUACUUUUCUAAGCACAAUGUUCAACAAACUCAAACAUGUUACAGUCUGUUGUCCAUUCUUCAUCACACAUGAAAAAAGUUGUCAAGUUAAAGUGCUCUUUUUUUUUAUUGGAUUACACUGUUUAGAUGUGAAACGUAGCGUCUGCAUGUUGAUCCUGUGUAACAGUGGUAGAUCUCUCAUUCAGCUCAAACUGCUUCUUUUACCUUGAUGUGUGAAAAUGAUUUAAUUUUAGUCUGGUAACUUUAAUUUAAGCUGUUUUAUUUUUUAUCCAUUUGACAUGUGAAGACCACUAUACCCACCAAGAACCACUAAAGUCCAGUUCUAAUGAGACUGAUGGGACUUGGACACUUAAAGGGGGUCAGUCCUGGGUCUGAGAAGAAGUCUCUUCAACCUAUAAAUGUUUUAUAGAUUUGUUAUCAUUUUUAUUUCUCUUCUCUGCUUCUUCUGGCAGCCACGAACAUAUUUACUUUUUACAUUUUAUUGUCAGGCAGUUAUGUUUCCAUAAUAAUGUAACUGGAUGUAGCAGCUUGAAGAGCCUGGUAUGGAUCCAGUCUAGGGUUCUUUUAGAUGUUUCAAAUGAUACAUGAUUGGUUCCAAUACUGGCCUCUUAAUUGGUGGAGAAGCCCUGUGCGAAACUAAGAUGUGUCCUGUAAAGAAAGAAGAUUAACCUGGACAGGUCAGUUAUUAUCAACAUACCUGCAGACUAAUGUUACUGAGCAGUUUCUUCCAUCAGGGCUCGACUCGAAAUUAAAAGACUGCCAUAAUCAUUUUUCAUUCUUGGUAGACUUUUAAUUUGGAGUUUUUAUUUCAGUAUGAACAUCGGCUUUGGUUUGAGACGUCACAGCAUCUGUGAUAAGAUCGACUUACUGAACAGAGGAUUCAUUGAGACUGUGAAUAUGUCUUCAGUGAAACUUCUCCUUCCUGUUAACACAGUGUUGUCUUAAGAACAAUGACCCUGUUUUAUUUUUCUUUGUUUACUCCACAAGGAAAUACUUAGUUUAACUUUUUUGUUAAGUGUCUCUGCAAUAUUAUCCAGUCAUAAAUGCAUGGAUUAACACCUUUUACAUUAUAUUUUUGUUUGAUUAAUGUAUUAGUCAUUUCAGUAUCGUGACCCUGUUGUUUUAACCUGUACAAUCUGACAUGUUUGAUGGAGUGAAAAGAUGAGCGGCUCAUGUCUGUGUGAAGCUCUGUGUAUUUACGCUGCUUGCUCUGUGUGAAGCUCCACCUGUAUCAUCUGUCGGCCGUGGUGUUCACCUCCAGCCACAAACACUUAAUAUGGGACUAAUACGAUGUCUGCAUUAACAACAUGUAACAGUCCUGCUUCGAUGACGUCUGUUAGUUUGCAUGCGUGCCGGCGUGAGGUUUCAAUGAGACGUUAUUUUUGUAGGUUAUUGAUCAAAAGCCUCAUAAAUAGAUUUUAUUCACUUAAGAAUGAACAAAACAGCAUCAGUUGACUUUGUAUUAUAAGGAAGUUUUAUUAA